UAUAAAAAUAUGACUUUAUUGACUGGCACCAAUCGAUUAUUAUUCUUUAUUCAAUGUAGACAAUCUCGUCAUUCUGUAUCUGAAUAUCGUAAACGUAAAUCAUUGCUAAGUAAUUAUCGUAUCGAUAGAAAAUCGGAUGAGAUUGGAAAUGUGUAUGAAAAACUUCAGUCACCAUUAAAUGAAUUGGUUCCUGUAACACCGAACAAAACAUCAAUCACGAUCGAUGUACUUGAUCGUGAAACUUAUGCACAAUUAUCCGAAUGGCGUAAAGCGAAUCUGGUUCGUCGUGCUCGACGAGUUUUGCCGUUGCCAAUUUCGUUAACAACCGAUGAUAAACUUGGUUAUAGAUGGAAACAACAGUUUAUCAAAUCAUUGAAAAAACGAAAUAUCCUAGCCUCUAGAAAUCUGUACGAUAAUCCUUAUGAAUCAAUUCCGGAUUUUGUUCGACUGAUGAACGAUACAAAUGAAGAAAUGUUGAGAGAAAAAUUUCCUGAAAUUUAUGAAAAAUUUAAAUCAAUUCGUCAAUCAGCAAGUGAUUACAAUUUUAAAGAACUAGUCAAUGUCGAUAAAACAGCAUAUUUUCCUUUUUCACAAACUUUGAAAUCAAAUGAAUUGCUGGAUUCAAAUGAAAAACUUCACCAGGAAGUCGGAUUCAACGAUGAAGAAUAUGAGAAUUUUCUAAAACACAAUGAACUUUUACAAUUUUUAGCUUCCAAUAUAAAGGCCGGUCCACUUUCGGAAUAUGAACCCGAAAUUCGGAGUUGGGCAUCACAAAUUUGGCUUCGAAAUUAUGGAAAAUCUGAUCCAUCAAUAGCACCCAGUAAAGUUCCAUGUAGUGGAUGUGGUGCCCAUCUACAUUGUACAUCACAAAAUAUACCUGGUUUUAUUCCAGCGCAAAAAUUCACACUAUUCAACGAAAAAGAACUUGAAUCUCAACGAUGUCAACGGUGUGAAUUUCUAACAAAAUAUAAUGUUUCAUUAAACGUGACCGUUUCAGAUGAAGAAUAUCCCAAUCUAAUCACGAAGAUUAAUUCGAAUAAAUCAUUGGUCAUCAUUUUGGUUGAUUUACUUGAUUUUCCAUGCAGUGUAUGGCCUGGUAUUGUUAAUCUGAUUGGAGAAAAACAUUUAAUUUAUAUUGUGGGCAAUAAAGUCGAUUUAUUACCUAAAGAUGAUCGAUUUUAUUUGGAAAGAAUCAAAGAAUCUUUGAAAGAAUCACUGAAAUCUACACAUAUUAGUCGUGAAUCUAAAAUUCGUGAUGUUAGUCUUAUAAGUGCUAAAAAUGGUUUCGGUGUCGAUAAUCUUGUUACGAAAUUAUUAAGAGAUUUAAAACCUGGACAGGAUAUUUAUCUAAUUGGUUGUACGAAUGCAGGAAAAUCUACAUUAUUCAAUGUACUGAUGCAAUCAGAUUUAUGCGCCUUAACUGAUGAUCAAGAUCUAAUGCAACGAGCAACAACAUCAAUAUGGCCAGGUACGACACUUAAUCUACUCAAAUUUCCCAUAAGAAAAAUGAAAGGUUGGGAAAUGCAAAUACGAUUGAAUCGAUUAAAUGUAUUGGAGAAACAUUAUAUUGCUGAAAAUAUUCUUACAAAAAACCUACGUCGACAAUCACAAAUUCGUUAUGCACAUUUAUCCGAACGUAUCAAUACAGAUAUAUCAACAACAACGCCAUUCCUAAUGGAGAAUAAUCAUCCUCUCAUACGAACGGUUCGUAAUCGUGGAAAAAAGCCAUUCGAACCGAUGAAAAAAGAUUCAAUGAAACUCAAUUAUCUCAAUGAUACGCCUGGUGUUAUUUAUAAAGAUCAAUUGUUAAAUCUUCUGACCACUGAAGAAUUAUUACGUACAAUUCCACGAGAAGUGAUCACACCACGUACAUAUACAUUACGGCCAGAACAAACAUUGUUUAUCGGUGGUUUAGCUCGUAUCGAUUUAACACAUGCUCGUCAACAUGUUUGGUUAACCGUAUUUGCUUCUUCAUAUUUACCUAUCAAUAUUGUUUAUACUGAACAGGCAAAACGUUUCUAUGAAACAUAUAUUGGUACAGAAUUUUUGGCUGUACCAUUAGGUGAUUAUGAACGGCUAAAAUAUUGGCCUCAAUUAUCACCAAAAGAAAUUGAAUUAGAACUUUUGGGUUGGGAAAAAAGUGCAGCCGAUAUUGUAUUAUCAUCAGCUGGUUGGAUAUCCAUUACUGGUAAUGCUGAUUCAAAAUGUAUAUUGAAAACAUUUACACCCGAAGGUCGUGGUAUAUACACACGACAACCACCAAUAUUACCAUAUGCAAUACGAUUAAGAGGUCGUCGAAUUCCAGGUACACCUUGUUUUGAGAAUAAACUGUUCACAAUCGAUGAUGAUGAUCAUCAUCAUCAUGGUUAUUAUAAGAAUCAUCGUCAUACAGAUGAAAAAUUAAAUGAAAAUUCCGAAACAAUGACCAUGGACGAUCAUAUUCGUCGUCGUCGUCGUAAACAUACGAAAAUUAUCGAUGAUGAACGAUUGAAAAAAGCUCGUACAUUUAUUGAAGGAUAAAUAAACAACCAAAUCUGAAAAUGACAUGACUUUUGGAUUUCAUAUUCUCACCGUUAGAUGGCAAGUGUUGUAACAUGUUUUUUCUGUAUCAAGAAUUUUGAAUAAAGAGAUUAUUAUUUUACAUGAAAAAAAGAAUUGUAAGAAAAAAAAUGGAAAAAAUUUGAACCUUUGCGACGAGGAUGGGAUUCGAACCCAUGAGUACAAAGUACAAUGGAUUUCCUUGAUUUUUUAUCAAUAUUUAUCGCCAUGAAUAAAUUUUUCAAUGUCGAUUAUUGAUCAUUUGUUUUUUGUACACAUUGCUACAUUUUUUGGUAUUAAUUUUAGCAGUCCAUCGCCUUAACC